AUAUACAGUAAUUCCUUUGCUUUUAACAGGUUGUGCUAAGGUGAUUCCCAGCGUCAUGAUCAAUUUGUUACGACAUGUUUACCUGUCGGGGCUCGUUGUGAGGUUAUUGUAUACUGGACUUUAUAUUCCUCUGACCCACAAAUUCAGCGUAGCAGAACUAGACUAGAGCCUAUCUUACAUAGUGGACUGUUUUUAUUUACCUGCAGAGUGACGGAAACGUAAUAAACACGCCUGGUUGGCAAGGUGCUUAGAAUCCACGGGUGAAUGAACGACAGCGUCGUCCGUGUCAGUGUUUCGCCAACGGUCUCGGCGGGUAUACGGGCGGAGCGAGACACAUCACAUCAGACUGGUUUGUUAGGGCCACACCUACUCCCGACCCAACGUUAAACUACUUCCUUCUCCAGCCAUAUCACCACCUUACUAUCAUACUUCGUUCAUCAUACCGGCCACUUCCAGUGUAGCAGACAGCGGACCUGGGCGAGAACAUGGGAGCAAUGAACAAACUGUGCCGUGUAGCAUCUACCGCACCUGGAGAGAGGGAUGUCAACCAGAAUGAAGAGACACCUCCUCAGAAAGUUCUGCACGAAACGUUUGAAGAGACGCCGCUGACAGUAGCUUUGCUGACCUACAUGAGCUAUUUGAUCCUGGUGAUUGUGGGCCAUAUUCACGAUUUCUUGAGAAAGUACGGACUGGAGAGAGAUCGUUCAUGUCACGAGCAGCACUUGAAGGACUUUGUGCCGCUUUACCAGAGUUGGGAAAGUUUUUAUACACGCAAUCUUUACCACCGAGUUUGUGAUUGUUGGAAUCGUCCAAUCACAAGUGCUGCUGGGGUUCACAUAAAAGUGGUAGAUAGAAAAAUGGAAGAUAAUGGCUGGACAUUGAAACACACCAAUAAACAAAUUGAUGCCAUUAACUUUGGUUCCUACAACUACCUUGGUUUUGCUGAGAAUCAUGGUCCAUGUUCUACUGCUGUAGAACGAAGCCUCCCAGAGUUUGGGGUGUCGAACGGUGCUAGCAGACAGGAAAUGGGUUAUCAGAAGAUUCACCGCGAGCUGGACAACUUGACGGCGCGAUUUCUGGGCGUGGAGGCUGCUAUCACCUUCCCUAUGGGAUUCGCCACUAACUCCAUGAACAUCCCUUGUCUAGUACAGAAGGGUUGCUUGAUUGUAAGUGAUGAACUAAAUCAUUCCUCUUUGGUUUUGGGUGCCAGAUUAUCAGGGGCAUCAAUAAGAGUAUUCAAACAUAAUGACAUGACUGAUCUGGAGAACGUUUUGAAAACAUCCAUCUCACAAGGUCAACCCAGAUCGUAUCGCCCAUGGAAGAAAAUCUUGAUUGUUGUUGAAGGCGUUUACAGCAUGGAGGGCUCUGUUGUGCGUCUGGAUGAAGUGAUUCGGCUGAAGACCAAGUACAAGGCUUACCUCUAUCUAGAUGAGGCACACAGUGUUGGAGCCAUGGGACCCCGAGGACGUGGUGUGGUCGAUUACUUCGGGGCUGACCCUAAUGAUGUGGAUAUCCUGAUGGGGACAUUCACAAAAAGUUUUGGAGCUGCAGGGGGCUAUAUUGCCGGGUCAAAGGGUCUAAUUGAUUACCUGAGACUUCACUCGCACAAUGUGAUCUACUCGCCGGUAAUGGCGGCACCUAUCGCUCAGCAAAUCAUCAGCUCCAUGAGUAUCAUUAUGGGAGAAGACGGCACACAAGAAGGUGAACGGCGUAUCGCUCGGCUAAAGUGGAACACCAGCUACUUCCGGAAUCGGCUCAGAGAGAUGGGAUUUAUCAUCUACGGCAACGAAGACUCCCCAGUGGUGCCUCUCAUGCUCUUCAUGCCUAGCAAAAUUGCGGCAUUUGGCCGUUGUACUUUAGAACGUGGCUUAGCAGCUGUGGUUGUGGGAUUCCCCGCUACUCCUAUCAUCGAAUCGCGUGCUCGAUUCUGUCUGUCAGCAUCUCACAACAAGGAGACUCUGGAUAAGGCCCUGCACAUCAUUGAUGAAGUUGGGGAUCUGCUUCAACUCAAAUACUCCAGAUAUUGUUUGAAAGACUCCCCCAAACUCACCUUUACAUAGACCCUCGAGUGUUGAUGUGGCCAUUGUUAAGAUGAGAAACAUCCAAAUAACUAUGAUAUUCACGUGAUGUACGAGAUAUUCACCUGAUGUACGCGAUAUUCACCUGAUGUACGCGAUAUUCACCUGAUGUACGCGAUAUUCACCUGAUGUACGCGAUAUUCACCUGAUGUACGCGAUAUUCAGUAUAGUCUUUAGAUCUGACACAAGAUAAUCUCUGAAUUUCUUUGGCCGCUACAUCAGUGGAUGCCGACUGCUGAAAGCGAAUCAAAGCUAUCACAUUGUUUAAAAAACUGUCAUUUUUUCUUAUUACCUUGAAGUAUUUUCUGAUAGACAUUUGUCGGACCGCUUAUUAAUGAACCGAAUGUGCAUAUGAAAAGUAUUAUGUCAUGUAUUAUCAAAGCAUUCCACAGCUCAUACGUGUGUUUAUGAAUUAACACAUCAUGGUGUAUACUUUCUCGUGUGAAGCAUUCUGUCAGCUUUUGUUGCAAAAAUCAGACAGAAAAUGUUUUAUCUUGUCGUUCUCAUGUAUUAUCCAUUACUGAGAAUAUUGAUUUCCUUAAGUGUUACAUGCAUAAGCUUGAUUUCCUUAAGUAUUGCAUGCAUAAGCUAAUGUUGCAGCACUCUGAAUCUUGUUUUAUGUGACGUGAUCUUGUUUUGUUAAAAGUAACAGCUUUGCGUUUUCACGAUGUGCUAUUUUUUGAAAACGAUACAAGGUUUAUUGUUUUACUUUCUUUUAUGCUUUGCACUUUAGCCAGUUUAUAGGCAGCCUUUACUUCAUUGUAUUUAUUGACUGUCUGGAGAUUACAGCUGGGAUAGUGAAAAUAAUUUUUAAUAUAUUGUGAUUAAAUAGUUAUGCAUAGGGGCACGUGGCACAGAAGGUUUGUAGGUCUCGUGAUGUGGAUUAGCUUGGGUGAUCUAUGAUAUCCUGCAGUACCUCUAUAGUUUGCGAUUGUCUAUUUGCUGUAGAGUUAUCAGUACUGCCAGGAUGGAGACACUUAAUCCCGUUCUAAUACUGCUCAUUCCAUGGGUAUUUACCGGCUUUUGGCUAGGCUAAUGAAUUGUCCAGUUAUAUACCCACAGUUUGUGGUUUUCAAAACUGUGAUGGUUUACGGUAAGGAGGCCCCUGUCGAAGUCGUUCUCGUGCCACGUUUAUUUUACCAGUACUUCCAGGCUAUUUUCUCAAGAACUACCUAUCUGGUAUCUGGUAAGCUGUCAAUAGCCUGUCCUUUUUCAUAAUCUUUACCAGUAUGCAACUUUCUGGUACGUUUACUCACUGUUCAAUGCAAAAUGCCUUUUAUUAUCAAUUUUGUUGAGAAGACAAGUAAUACAAAUUUUAUCAUUUCUUGCUCCCUUUUAUCUACAAUAAAUUUUACUUUUACAGGA